GGGACGUUUUGUAGGACAUUAUUUCCAUCACAAGGGACUUAAUGUAUUGACAGGUUUCACACCUCUUACAGUGAUUAUUGUUUGUGUUAUCAUUAUUAAUGUUACAAGUGCAGAGAGAUGGUUUGAGUGGAGUAGUGCAGACCUUCCAACGGAGAGUCAACUUGAUUCUUGAAAGCGUUUCUUCUGUUGGCUGAAGAGAGAAAUGAAAUUCUUCUGACUGGUAUUGUCUUUCCAUCUCUGAGUCAUCUGAAAUCAACAAACAUGCACCCUCUGGCCACCAUGAAUGCCCCAACCUCGCCACCUGUCAAAGACACCCCACCCUGCUACUCCAUCAACAGCCCUCCAUUCAGCAACUCUACCACCUCAGCCUACCUUUCAAUGGUCUUCUGCUCUCUGGGUCUCAUCUCCAAUCUCAUCGCCUUCGUAGUUCUGCUCAUGUCCUUCCGGCGGACACACAGCCGCUCACGAUCCUUCUUCCUGAUCUUCCUGGGUGGCUUGGUGGUAACUGAUUUCAUGGGACUUCUAGUCACAGGCUCCAUCGUGCUCUCCUUCCAUUUUACGAGUUUUAAUUGGCGCAAAUUAGACCCUAAGUGUCACCUCUGCAACUUCAUGGGCAUGUCCAUGGUGUUCUACGGGCUGUGCCCACUGCUGCUUGGUGCUGCCAUGGCUGUGGAGCGCUUCAUUGGCAUCAACCGUCCAUUUGCACGCUCCACCAGCAUGCCCAAGAACCGGACAAUCUCCAUGGUGCUGAUGGUGUGGUUUAUUGCCGGCUGCAUUGCACUGCUGCCCCUAACGGGCAUUGGGAGCUACCACAUACAGAUCCCCGGUUCCUGGUGUUUUUUGAACAUCAGCUCUGAGGGAAAUGACCUGGUCUUCUCCUUGCUUUUCUCACUGGUUGGGUUGACGAGCAUCAUUGUGUCAUUUUUGCUGAACACGGUGAGUGUGGUGACCCUGAUAAAGGUGUGCUGCGGACAGGUGAACAACCAGCGGCGCCGAGACCAUGAAGUGGAGAUGAUGAUUCAGCUCAUUCUGAUCAUGGUCAUCGCAUCUGUCUGCUGGUGCCCCCUCCUGGUCUUUAUUGCACAAAUUGUGCUGUCUGGAAACGAUCUCCAAGUUGGAUCCCUGCUGCUAUGGAUACGCUUCGCCACCUGGAAUCAGAUCCUAGACCCGUGGGUAUACAUUCUAUUUCGCAGGGCAGUUCUUCAGAGAAUCUACCCCCGCUUCGACUGGUCCCGGGGCUCCAUCAUUUCCAAGUACCCAUCUUUCAGCAACACCAUGCGCAGGUUUACACGUUCUUCACUUGGUAGCACCCUGGGAUCCAAUGAAACAGGAGAGGCUGGGAAAUCGAAUUUAACGCCCCCAUCCACCUUGAUGCCACCACCUCCUUCUCCAUGAUUGGUUGGAUUUGAGUUGUUGUUGCAGCAGAAUGAGGAACAUCUUUAGGGUCACAGUAUGUGUUUGACUGUUUCCAAUCUCUGAUCAAUUUUCAUGUUGACUAUGUCGAAGAUAAAAUGCAAGAUUGUCCUUAUAAUCUGAAAGGAUUAUGUUAUUUUAUACCAUUGAAGUUUUUUUCAGUAUUAGCAGUGACACUUUAAUUCAGAGCAAAGUAUAAAGACCUGUAAGCAGUGACCAAUGUAAACCUGUAAUUUGACAAUAAAAAUAAUCCCUCUAACUACUGUACAUUCACUGCCCUUUUCAGAUGUACUGUUCCAUCAAAUGUUUUGAUGAUGUUUGAGUUUUAAACAUUGUAUUACAGUAGAUAGGGGCAAACUGCUGUCAUCCAGGUGAUUGUUUUAAUGUGAUGCUUCAUUCUGAUGCGACAUUACUCCUUUUAAGCACAUGUACACUUGGCUCAGAUGCUCUUGAGUGUCACAAUAGACCCAGAAAGAAUUAUUUACUGUAACUGUGUUUUCAGGCUCACGCUAAUACAUGUGUUGUUCCCUUUCGGAAAGCAUUAAAUGAACAUUUUUGAGGGAACCCUUGAAUAUUUAACAUAACAGUGGAACACCAAACACUGAAAACUGACUUCUGCUUAUCUUGUAGAGGUGCUUAAAAGUGAAAAUGUUUUUUUUACCAAAAUGAGAUAUGUCUUAAUGUUUGCCUCCUGUGCAAUAUUCAUUUCAUUGUCAAUAUUAUCUUCUAUAUAUCUAUAUCCACUGAUUACACUGCGCUUUAUUGUGACAGAGGAGCUACUGCAAAUUCAUGUGUAAUAGGACUGAACAUGCUUCCUUACAUUACUGAGAUAACAAUUUCCAAACUUUCAAAACCUGGAAAUGAUCAGUUGCUAACUUUUCAGAUUUGUGUAAAAAUGCUUAACAGCAAUCUUUUGCAUUUUACUUCAUCAAUAAUCCCUGACUGAGAUCUUUUGGUUCCCAGCUCAGUCUUGUCUGUCAUGUACCAUAUGGAUUCAUGCACAUUUGGCAGUGGAAAAAUGAGACCAUGAAUAUGCAGUGUUAAUAAUGUCAGCUCCACAGUUAACUUCAGAAACGGAAUCAAAAAAGUACAUAAAUAGGUUCUAAUUCCAAACUGCUGUAUAACAAAAUAAUGCCUGAUUUUGAGGUUAGAUGUUUAGUCAAACUGAUAUAAGAAGAAAGGUUAACUAUUUUAAGUUGCCUACUAUAUUUGGCAAUGUUACAUAGAUAUAUCACAAUAUGAUUGUAAUAUAUUAUUUGCAGUAUUAACACUUUACUAUUAUUCACUGUAUAACCAGUGUGGUUUGGUCUAAAAAAAUAUUUUAAGUAAGCAACAAGGUUAAGUGUAAGUGUAAACCACGGCAAGUGUGAAAACGCUCUUAUUUAGUGUUUAUAAUUUGGGUGAACUGACCCUUUAAAAAUAGGAUAAUGUGGUCUAUGUUGGAGGGUAUUACUUUGGCAAAUAUUCCUUACACCCAGAGUUGCUCAGGAGGUAGAAAAUUUAAAUAUAUAUAUAUAUAUCAUUUUUUUUUUUUUGUUUAUUUAUUUUUUUCUAAUAAGUUGCUAGCAACCCAAGACCGAUACAUAAUAUUAUUAUAGUUUCGUGAUACCAGAAACUUUCUCCUCUUGACUCUUGCUUUCUUUCUGGUCCUCAGUCCAGUUAUCGUAAAACUAUUGUUAUUUCUUCCACCAGAGCAUCUCUGCCUCUCAGAAAUUUUUAACUAAAACUUCAAGUUGCUGUCUACUGAGAAGGUGUUUAUGAUAACAAUGUUCACAGACACAGAGUGUGGCAGGAUUCACUUGUUGGAUAAGUCAAAAUCAGUUUGAUAAUUUGGGCAAUGUCAUGACAUUUUAUUUAAAUUGUUAUAUAUUGUGGGAAAUUACCGACUUUUUGUCAUUUGUUACACUACUUAAUUGCUCAGUCACCCAGCUAUGCACACUGAUUCUGCACAUGAAUUAUUUUGAACAUUAUCACUGAUAGCAGUCUGUCACUCAAAUACCAAGCAAAUUGACCAGAACCGAUCAAUAAUAACGGCUGAGAUGUGUCUUGUUGUAUCUCUUUAGCAGUAUCAUGCAAUGAAAAUGAAGCGUAAAUGUUGACAGAUGUGGCAUGUGAUUGUACAUAAAAAUAAAG